AUGGGAACCAGAGUGUGGUGUUGUUUCAUGAUGUUCUUCCUCUCUCUCAAUGCUCUUGCAAUAGCAUUGGAAGAUCACAACCUCAAAACGACGUCCAGGGAUGACAUCAAGUGCACCCCAUGUGGCCAAGUUCCCUCCCCGCCGCCACCCUCUCCGCCGCCGCCAGCAGCUCCAACCACCACCUACUGCCCUCCGCCUCCGUCGCCUCCAAGCUCCGGCGGUGGUGGUGCUUACUAUUACUCUCCGCCGCCACCCUCUCAAUAUAUCUACUCUUCUCCCCCGCCGCCGGCGUCCACCGGCGGCGGCGGCGGCGGUGGUGGCGGCGUUUACUACUACCCACCGCCGAGAGGGUACUACCCAACGCCGCCGCCUCCCAACCCAAUUGUGCCUUAUUUCCCGUUUUACUACCAUACCCCUCCGCCGCCUUCCACGGCGGCGCCUCCGCCGGUGAAAGGCUCGUUGAUCUGUGCAAUUUCGUUCUUAACUCUUUUUAUUGCAUUUCUUUAA